GGGCUUGCGUGAAUCUAGCCUUGAGAGGUAAGGACACGGCGGCAGACUGAACAGUGGCUUGAGCAAGCAGCUCUUUCUCGGCUCUUGUUGUCAUUCGCUUUUCUAGAUGAUCGGUCUGAUUAGUGCAUGUUUUCAUUGACUUUCCUUCCAACCUUCGGUCUACAACUUUUAUACAAGGCAGUCCAGUCGUCGGACGAAGAGAACAACAGACCAGAGGCUUCAGGACACCCAGGACUUCUGAAGACGUUUCCCCGAGCAUUUUUACGUAUUCCACGUCUUGUACUGGUCUUGCUGGUCCUCGGAGUAUUCGCAUACCUCUUCUCAAUAUUGUCUGUGGACGGUCGCUUCUCGGACCUGAGAGUGUACAACAACUCAUCCAACUCACCGGCCUCGGAAAUCGGUCUUGAGAUCUCGCAAGAUACUUACAUCAACGCUGACUGGUCCAAAUUCGCAUAUACGCAAUACGUCACAGGGAAGGAUUAUUUGUGCAACUCCCUCAUGAUCUUUGAGACGCUACAUCGGUUAGGGAGCAAAGCAGAGCGUCUGAUGAUGUAUCCCGAGCAGUGGUCUUUGGAGUCAAACUCCUCGGAAGCAGAUCUGUUGCAGAGAGCGCGAGAAGACUACAACGUCAAACUGGUCCCAAUCCAUGUCCAGCAUUUUGCUGGAGAAGCUACCUGGGGGGAUAGCUUCACAAAGCUUCUGGCAUUCAACCAAACACAAUACGAACGUGUGAUCAGUCUCGACUCCGACGCAAAUGUUCUGCAGCCCAUGGAUGAGCUCUUCUUCUUGCCUCGUGUUCCUGUCGCCAUGCCUCGAGCUUACUGGCUGAACAACACUCUAUCGUCCCAGCUGGUCGUGAUACAGCCAUCCAAGCAAGAAUUCGAGCGCAUAUUAUAUGCUUUCGAGCACCGGCAAAAUACUGACUUCGACAUGGAAAUUGUGAACAAUCUAUAUGGUCGAGAUUGCCUGAUACUGCCACAUAGGCGCUACGACCUACUCAGUGGCGAGUUCCGUGGCACAAAGCACCAGAACUAUUUGGGAUCAACGACAGAAGUGUGGAAUCCACGUCAAGUGCUCCAGGAAGCCAAAUUCCUACACUUCUCCGACUGGCCAUAUCCGAAGCCAUGGAUCGCUGGUGACGAGUCUAUAAGAAUAGAUAUACAGCCUGCAUGCCAUGUGACCGCCUCGGGUGAGGACGACUGUAGUGAUCGCGAUGUAUGGAAUGAGAUCUACCGCGAAUUCAAGGACAGACGACAAUAUGUGGUUUAG